AUGUAUAAGGUCAAUGUUAAUGGAGAAAAUGUGAAUGAGCUACUUCAAGCUCAUGCUCAUGUGUGGAAUCACAUUUUUAACUUCAUAAAUCCCGUGUCCUUAAAAUGUGCUGUUGAAUUAGGUAUCCCAGAUAUCAUUCAAAACCAUGGCAAGCCCAUGACUGUCACCGAGUUGGUCGCUGCACUACCAACGCUCAACCCUACCAAGGCAUGCAACAUCUACCGGCUCAUGCGUAUUUUAGUUCAUUCGGGCUUCUUUGCACAAAAAAAGCUUAGCAAUGACGCCCAAGAAGAUGGUUAUGUUCUUACCAGUGCUUCUCGUCUCUUGCUUAAUGAUAAUCCCUUAAGCGUUACACCUCUUCUGAAAGCUAUGUUGGAUCCUGUUUUAACAAAGCCUUGGGAUUUUCUAGGCAUCUGGUUCCAAAAUAAUGAUUAUACCCCAUUUGAUAUAGCUCAUGGGAAGACGUUUUGGGAAUAUGCUUCUCAUGACCCAAAGCUUGGUAAUUCUUUCAAUGAAGCCAUGGCUAGCGAUGCUCGAUUGGUUAGUAGCGUUUUGAUUGACAAGUGUAAGGGCUCAUUUGAGGGAUUGAAUUCGUUGGUGGACGUUGGAGGGGGCACAGGAACACUAGGCAAGGCCAUCGCUGAUGCAUUGCCAAACUUGGAGUGCACUGUGUUUGAUCUUCCUCGUGUUGUUGCUGACCAACAAGAUAGCGGGAACUUGAAAUAUGUUGGAGGCGAUAUGUUUGAGGAUGUUCCUGUUGCAGAUGCAUGGAUAUUGCACAAUUGGAAUGACGAUGAAUGCUUGAAGAUUCUGAAACGAUUCAAAGUGGCGAUUUUAAAUCAAGACAAACAAGUGAUGGUUAAAAUUACUCCUAUACUGGGUUUGAGAUCUCUCAUUGAGGUUUACCUUUAG